CGUGCGCCGGCGCCGUCGUACUUCCUCCCGGCGUCCCCCGCGGCGGGAAAGAGCCGAGUGGGCUCGAGGCCGACGCGACCAUCAUUUGUCGACGCCGCUGCCACUGCCUGCCUGAGAGAAGCCGUUGCGGCCGACCCCGUCGCCUCCGCCGGCUACUAUGUCCGCCCAGGCGCAGAUGCGGGCCCUGCUGGACCAGCUCAUGGGCACGGCUCGGGACGGUUCAGUGUAUCUUUGCCUGCCUACAUCAAUCUGCAAGGGAGUUGCAGAAAGCCUCAUGUUCAUCGAGCCGAGACGAAACCAGACAGAGGGUCAAGUUUACAGAUGACCGUGUCUGCAAGAGUCACCUUCUGGACUGCUGCCCCCAUGACAUCCUGGCUGGGACGCGCAUGGAUUUAGGAGAAUGUACCAAAAUCCACGACUUGGCCCUCCGAGCAGAUUAUGAGAUUGCAAGUAAAGAAAGAGACCUGUUUUUUGAAUUGGAUGCAAUGGAUCACUUGGAGUCCUUUAUUGCGGAAUGUGAUCGGAGAACUGAGCUCGCCAAGAAGCGGCUGGCAGAAACACAGGAGGAAAUCAGUGCGGAAGUUUCUGCAAAGGCAGAAAAAGUACAUGAGUUAAAUGAAGAAAUAGGAAAACUCCUUGCUAAAGCCGAACAGCUAGGGGCUGAAGGUAAUGUGGAUGAAUCCCAGAAGAUUCUUAUGGAAGUGGAAAAAGUUCGUGCGAAGAAAAAAGAAGCUGAGGAAGAAUACAGAAAUUCCAUGCCUGCAUCCAGUUUUCAGCAGCAAAAGCUGCGUGUCUGUGAGGUCUGUUCAGCCUACCUUGGUCUCCAUGACAACGACCGUCGCCUGGCAGACCACUUCGGCGGCAAGUUACACUUGGGGUUCAUUCAGAUCCGAGAGAAGCUUGAUCAGUUGAGGAAAACUGUCGCUGAAAAGCAGGAGAAGAGAAAUCAGGAUCGCUUGAGGAGGAGAGAGGAGAGGGAACGGGAGGAGCGUCUGAGCAGGAGGUCGGGAUCAAGAACCAGAGAUCGCAGGAGGUCACGCUCCCGGGAUCGGCGUCGGAGGCGGUCAAGAUCUACCUCCCGAGAGCGACGGAAGUUGUCCCGGUCCCGGUCCCGAGAUAGACAUCGGCGCCACCGCAGCCGUUCCCGGAGCCAUAGCCGGGGACAUCGUCGGGCUUCCCGGGACCGGAGUGCGAAAUACAAGUUCUCCAGAGAGCGGGCAUCCAGAGAGGAGUCCUGGGAGAGCGGGCGGAGCGAGCGAGGGCCCCCGGACUGGAGGCUUGAGAGCUCCAACGGGAAGAUGGCUUCACGGAGGUCAGAAGAGAAGGAGGCCGGCGAGAUCUGAACCCGUCUCCCGGGUGCUGUAAAUAGUCUGAUAAACGUUCACACGGUCUAAAAUUACCCUUUAUAUUUGCUGAAUACAACUCAUCUUUUGUAGUUUAAAAUUUCUAUUGUUUUGGAGCUAGCUGUGAGUUUCUAGAAUUGUACAGAGUUGCUCCUGUGUUCUGGGGUCAUGUUGAGUAGGAAUAAAUAAAUCUGAUGACUGCC